AGAAUCUAAGAUUAGUAAGAAUAUUAUUAAUAAUCAUAAUCAUUGUGAUAAUAUCACUUUAAAUCUAUAUAUGUUAAUAAAUAUCUAUGCAGUACACGAUUCAAAAUAAGCAAGAAUUAAACAAAGAUCACGUAGCUGUGAGAUUUGAUGACAAUAACGUGGAAAAUGUUAUAACACAUAAGAUUUCUGAAAAACCUCAUUGUAAGAGAUGUAAUGAACCAUUUAAUCAAGAUGAAAAUAUUGUCUGCGUUAAAGAUGGCGUCUAUCAUCCAACCUGUUUUGUAUGUACUCAGUGUUUUCAACCAUUACCUGACAAAGAAUUUUAUGAGUUUGAAGGUCGAAGGUAUUGCAAAUAUGAUUUUCAAGUACUUUUUGCACCUUUCUGUUUUAAAUGUGGUGAAUUUAUCAUGUCAAAAGUAGUAAAAGCAAUGAAUCGAAGUUGGCAUCCUGAAUGUUUAAUUUGUGAUGAAUGUGGUGUGCAACUUGUGAGCAAAGGAUUUCAACGACAUAAUAAUAGAAUCUUAUGCAAAGAUUGUUGGUCUGUUAUAUGCCAAGAAUUAGUUGGAUGUCAUAUUUGUCAAACAUGCAAUAAACCAAUUGAAUUGAAUAAACAUAUCAAAUUUAUGGGUGAUUUUCAUCAUCCACAUCAUUUUCAUUGUUUUCAUUGUAAUGAAGAACUUGGUUUAGAUGCAUAUGAACGUGGCAGUGAAUUAUACUGUCUUAAAUGUAUCAGUCGUUCUGGUAUAUCAAUUUGUUCAGCCUGCAGACGACCAAUAGAGGGUCGUAUAGUUUGGGCACUUGGUAAAGUUUGGCAUGUUGAACAUUUUGUAUGUCACCAUUGUGAAAUACCAUUCAUGGGUAGCAGAUUUUAUGAAUGGCAAGGACACGCUUAUUGUCUACUACAUUAUCAAUCUAAAGCUGGAAGUGUUUGUCAUACGUGCACAAAACCGGUUACUGGUAUAAUGGCUAAAUUCACUAAUAAAAUUUAUUGUCUUGAACACUUUGUUUGUUCACUGUGUGACAGAAAAUUGGACGAAAAAUCCAAACUGUAUGAAAUCGAUUUGAAACCAGUAUGUAAUGACUGUUAUAGCAGAUUACCAAUGCAGUGGAAGAAAAUUCUAGCAAAAAUUCAUCGUGCAGAUAGAACAAAAUUGGAGUAAUUAAUGGUUGUUUGUAUAAUUACAGAAACGUAACAAGUCUACAUUUAUUGCGUACAACCGUUUAAGGAAGCUACUUUAUUUCAAAAAAAAAAGAAUGACUCGAUAAACAAACUAUGUAUAAGUUACAUUUCAAUUUAAAAACAUUUUUUAUUUUUGAUAGUAUUUUUUUUUCUGAAUGUACUCAUAAUUUUCACUUUUGUAUUUCUAUAUUUUGAUUAGUCUGUACCAUAAUUAGGUCGUAAAUGAAAAUGACACUUUUUGC